AUGAUAUUAUCUGAUUUAAUAGAACGAAGUUACUAAAAUUCAUUACGCCGUGUACACCAAUUGAUUAAAUUUAGGUUCAACAGUACGAUUUCAAAAAUAAAGCAUAGAACGACUACAGCCACUGUAAUAUAUUUCUCAUGUAUUUCUCAAAAUUAUGCACAUAUUAUAAUAGAUUUAUUUAUACAGAAAAAGAUUCAUUUCUUCCAUCAAAGGGAAUCAUUCAUUUAAAAUUCGUUCUGUCAAAAUUGUACGAGGCAAAUAUUUGCCGGAUUGAGGUGAAUAACGCACGAUGAUUACGUUUCGAACAAAUGUAAAACAAAACCUUGUUAGGUCUUAACAAGCACGUUUCGAAUGAGCUCUUCGACGAAUUACUGAAGCUGCGCGUAUCGUCCAAUGCGAAUGAAAGUAAAUUGAUCGUCGCGUUCGACAAAGAAAUAUUUCAGAUACCGUCGUACGAUCCAAACUCUCAUUGUCUAUGCGUCGGCGGCGAGGUAUAUUGUUGGUGGCAGAAUUACAAUCCGAGCACCGAUCCUUCCACCGACCCCUCGUUCCUCCCAUCGACGACGAUAGAAAGUAAUUACACGCCGUCGCUGGAGGGAAGCACGGAUGCCGUCGACAGUUUGGAAGCUUCCGGUGAUCCGGCGGAGGAGCCGUCUGUCGAGCAACAAGGAUACACGGAGAUUAACACGACCUACGCGACUACCUCGCAGCCAGCACCGACUACGUGUCUCGUGAUGGGUAAUAGAUCACAACUGUCCCUCCUUACCCGUUCGAUUUUCCUUUAAAUCGGCCGCUUCGCACAUCUAAUGGAAUGCGUGUUCCUGUAUUUUCCUGUAUGUACAGCGGAUCACUUAAUAUUAAGAGAACAGCACAAAAUUUCCGUCAGGGACACUGAGGUAGAGGAAGAAGAAGACAGAAAAUUUUAG